AAAACGUUCAACAUCAACCAUCAACAAAUCAGUUCAGGAAUAACGCACAAUGAAGAUUGCUUUAUCAAUCUCUUUGUUUGUGGGUCUAGUGGCGGUUGGUCACUGUCUACCCGUGGAGACAAAAUCAUGGGCACUGAUGCCGGAUGGUGAGGGUCAUAUGCACCUCAUCAACAUUGCUCCCGAAAACGUAGUGGUAGCAGAAAACGAAGUGGAGCCACUUUUUGACCCAUUGAAUGAAGUUGUGUUCCGCCUGCACACUCGUCGUAAUCCAGUUCACCCUCAACUGAUCCGAUGGGAUGAUCAGGGUUCAGUGUUGAACUCAAACUUUGAUCCCAGUCAUCCCACACGAUUCCUGAUCCAUGGUUGGGUUGAGGGACAGGAUGCAGCUUUACAUUGGGUCAUCAAGGAUCACUACAUGCGAGUAGGUGACUUCAACGUUAUCAAUGUAGAUUGGGGUGCAGGUGCUCAGACCAUCAACUACGCCGCUGCUCGUAAUCGUGUCGCUGGAGUCGGUAUGGUAGUGGCUCGUGUCAUCAAUACGAUCAGAGCAGCUACUGGUCAGUCCUUGGAUAUGAUCAACGUGAUUGGCUUCAGUUUAGGUGCUCAUGCGGCGGGCAACGCUGGAAAGGAACUGGGUGGACAACUUCCAACAAUUAUUGCCUUGGACCCGGCUGGACCUCUGUUCCACAUUGGCCAGGCAGAUUGCCUUUGGAAGACCGAUGCCCAGUAUACGGAAGCUAUCUACACUAAUGCUGGCACAUUGGCCUUCGAUGCACCGCUGACGCAUGCAAACUUCUAUCCCAAUGGCGGGCGAUCGCAGCCCGGGUGUCGUUUGGACAUUGCUGGAGUCUGUGCUCAUAUGCGUGUCAAUGAUUUGUUUGCUGAAUCCGUUUCGACUGAGAAUGGAUUCAACUCGAUGCGUUGCGCGAAUUACAACGAAAUUUUGUCCGGCCGAUGCACCAUCAGCGGCCCUUAUGCGAAGAUGGGAGGGGAACCGUCGAAUCAUGGCCGUGGAGUCGAGGGUGUCUAUCAUCUGAUGACGAAAGCUGAUUUUCCGUUCGCCCGUGGAUAAGUUAAAACAGCAGAAUAAAAUUUAUGUUAUGUAUGCAACGAUUUUUUUAAUGUAUUUAAUUUUGUAACCUUACAGCUCAUCUUUGGCACAGAGAUUUGCUAAAUAGGCAUUGUAUCGGUUUUACGUUUUUAUGAUUAACUAGCUUUC